GAGAGAGAGAGAGAGAGAGAGAGUCCUUAUUUGUGUUAGUAAUUGUCAGGAUAUUGUUUUGCAUUUUACAGUUGAUACAGUUCUUAUUAGUAUAAUGUCAUUCACUAUUGUUGAGACAUCUUUGCUGCAUCUUUCAUUAUAAUUUCAUUUGUGCUGCUUUUGUAGUGAUGUGUUCAUAAUGCUCAUGGAUAGUUGACAGUUGACACAGUAUAAAUUGUCACUCUGUUUACCCUUCUUCACUGAGCAUAGAAUAAAGCUUGAGAGCUCUAAUUUUGGAGCUCUAAAGAGAGCUCUAGUGAUGUGGCAAAGAGUGGGGUCCACAUGUGAUGUGAUGUGUGUGCCUAUGUUUUGUUUUUGUUUUUUUUUAUUAUUAUCUAUUGUCACAUCACUAGAGCUCUCUAUCAUUGUUGCUGAGAAUAACAUAUUAAACUUCCAAUGCCUUGUUGCAAACCAGAAAUUUAGCUAAAUAUGCUUCUUGUUUCUUACUAUGAGGAAUCUAAAGUUCAGUGGGAUUUAUUUUCCGUACUGUUUUUUUUCUUUUCUAUUUUUGUGUGUGUGUGUAUGUAUAAGUAUUGCUUAUCAUACCUGAGUAUUGUGAAAAAGAAAAGCUAGUUAAAUAGUUGUAAUCUUAAAAUUAGUUUCUUCCAUUUUUGACAUCAUUAGAAUGUCAUCACAUGGUAACAUGAUCAUUUGUGCUGCAUACUGCAGUUGAUGAAUCCAAUUAUGCCACAUUUUCCUUUGGUAUACUUCCACCCAUAUAAAAAAAGGUUGCUGCUAUGCUGUUCUUCUAUGUGCAAGAAGGCAUUCUUGCGCUGUGGAUUUCAAGAAUGGUUUAACUGCUGAUGUUGUAGGUUUCCUAAUUAUUUUUCAUCUGUUAUUGUCGGUUUUAUGUAUGGCAUUGUCCUUCAACUUUGUUUGAACGGGUGUGGUCAAAUUGUAUGACUUCCAACCUUUGUCCUCCCUGGGGUCUAAUUUUUAAUUCGUUUGAUUGAUGGCAAUUUAGUUUCAAAAUUAAUUUGUGGACAGAAGUGUGAAUUGUCCAUCGGAAAAGGUUGAAGAAGAUGUGCUGUUAAGCUUUUGUGUAAAAUAAAAGUUACUCUAGGUUGCAAUGAAUCAAUGGGUUUAUGUAUAUCUAUUAAUAUGGUGAGCAUUGGCUGAUUAUGCACAUCUGACAGAUCUCCACUCAAUUGGUGGUUUGGUCCCUCUCAUUGGUUACCUGAAGAACUCCAAUGCUAACAUUCGAGCAAAGGCUGCAGUUGACCACAAUUGUUCAGAACAAUCCUAAGAGUCAACAACUGGUAAUGGAAGCAAAUGGCUUAGAACCUCUGCUUUCUAAUUUUACUUCAGAUCCUGAUGUUACUGUUCGUGCCAAAGCACUUUUAGCUAUAUCUUCUUUAAUCAGGCACAACAAGCCAGGAAUUGUUGCAUUUUGUCUUGCAAAUGGUUAUGCUGUUCUCAGAGAUGCUUUGAGUUCUGAAAGUGCGAAAAUUCAAAGGAAAGCCCUUGACUUGAUCCAUUACUUCCUACAUGGGAACCCUUCAGACUGCAAUAUAGUAACUGAACUAGGAUUUCCUCGCAUUAUGAUGCACCUUGCCUCCAGUGAAGAUUCAGUGGUACGAGAAGCUGCACUUCGGGGCCUUCUUGAGUUUGCUCAGUACAGUGAUAGUUUGGGCGAAGAAGAAGAAAAACUAAAGCAAAUUCUUGAAGAACGCAUCAAGAGUAUAAGCUUGAUGUCACUGGAGGAUCUUGGCACUGCUAGGGAGGAGAGGCAGCUUGUGGACUCCCUUUGGAACACCUAUUAUAAGGAACCAUCUUCUCUUAGAGAGAAGGGACUUCUUGUUCUUCCUGAGGAAGAUGCACCUCCGCCAGAUGUUGCCAGCAAGCAUUUUGAAUCUACUCUUAGAGCACGGGCUGCAAAGCCAUCAUCUGAUUCAAAUGGCACCAGUGAAAAGAUAUAAACCCCAUUAUUGCUAGUUAGAACGAUCACAAGAAGAUGAGGCAGUAAUAUAGUCUCUUUUUGGCAACCUCCCUCAUCCUCGCUUUUGAUUUUUAUAUGUUUUAUAUACAUGUGGGGAUUUAAGUUUGUAUAACCUAGGUUUAGUCAGUGAAUUGUUCUUUGAAAUUUACUUGUUAUCAUGGGUGAAGCUGCUUGGCUUGCUGCUAGACCAGUAUAGUUUAAUUUCAACAAUGAAAUCUGAUAUAUAUUUAGUCCAAAGGUGUUGAAUGUAA